AUUUUCUUUAUUAUUAUAAAUUAUAAGUUUAGUCUUAGAAGGAAAUGGCGUGGCUCACAAUUUGAAGGUUAUGUGAAGCAACAAAACAAUGGCUGCUUCAAGAUUUGUUUGUUCAAUUACUCUGAGUUUGUUGCUGUUGGCACUGAUUCACUAUCCUCUCGCAUUUGCUCAGCCCAGAUUUAUGCACUAUACAUGCGUCGACGGAGGCAAUAACAACCGUACAACUGACGGCGCCGCCUACAAAGCCAAUCUGAACCACCUCCUCUCCACCCUCACCACCGACCAUCCGUUCAAUGCGUCGGAUCCGGAAGGGUUCACUCAGGCGGCUAGGAAGCUGAUUUUGAGUCUCAUAGACCAGGCCUCCGCCGGCGAUUCCCGUGUGAAAUUUUCGACUGGGAACAUAACUCUUCCAAAUUUGCCCACAAUUUAUGCUUUUGCUCAGUGCACCCCGGAUUUGUCCCGGCGGCAGUGCAACGAGUGCUUGACUGAGGCUCUGGCAAUAAUCCAAGACUGCUGUGUUGGAAACCUUGGGGGCAGAGUUCUUACGCCCAGUUGUCUUUUUCGAUAUGGGACUUACCCUCUCGUUCAAUCGCCGCCGCUGCCGCCGCCCUCGCCUUCCCCUGUUCCUCCUCUGCUUAACAGCACUACCCAUGGAAAUAAAAGUAACCACUCUGGAACGCUCAUAGCUGUGAUUGUGCCAAUUGCACUCGUUGUAGUUUUACUACUGACGAUCACCAUCUACAUGGGUCUGAGAAAAAACCGUCCAAAGAUCGAUGAAGAAGAAUCAACGGGUCGAACCGAGGAAGAAAUGACGACGAUGGGGUUUGUGCAGUUCGAUUUCGACACCAUUAGAAUGGCAACAGAUGGAUUUUCAGAUGAAAAUAAAGUUGGGGAAGGUGGGUUUGGAGCUGUUUACAAGGGGAAGCUUCCAAACGGACGAAUCGUAGCGGUGAAACGGCUGUCUCAAGCUUCAAAUCAGGGAGAUGUUGAGUUUAAGAACGAACUCCUUUUGGUAUCUAAGCUUCACCAUCGGAAUUUAGUUAAGCUUUUGGGUUUCUCCUUCAAAGAAAAUGAAAAGUUUCUCAUUUAUGAGUUUUUGCACAAUGGAAGUCUUCAAAAUUUCAUUUUCGAUCCUCCCAAGCGUCAAAGUUUAGAGUGGGCAACACGCUAUAAAAUCAUAGGAGGCAUUGCUCGAGGACUUGUUUAUCUUCACGAAGACUCUCGAAUCAAAAUUAUUCAUCGAAACCUAAAAGCUAGUAACAUUUUAUUAGAUAACGAGAUGAAUGCUAAAAUUUCAGAUUUUGGUAUUGCAAGAUUAUUCGCAUCUGAACAAACACGAGAUGAUACAUGCACAAUAAUUGGCCCUUCUGGAUAUAUGGCUCCCGAAUACGUAAGACAUGGGCAUCUCUCAUCAAAGUCAGACGUCUUUAGCUUCGGUGUUUUACUUUUAGAGAUUGUGACUGGACAAAAAAAUAACCUAAUUCGUAGCAACAUAGAGAAUAUAGAAGACUCUCUUAUAAGCUAUGCAUGGAGAAAUUGGAGGGAGGGAACACCAUUGAAUAUUGUAGAUCCGUCUAUUGAAAUUCAAAGUGAGAUACGAAAUGAAGUGGUAAGAUGCAUUCAUGUCGGGUUACUUUGCAUUCAAGAAAAGGUUGAUGAAAGGCCAAAAAUGACUACGGUACUUCUCAUGCUGAACGAUGACUUAACCGAUUUUCCAACACCCUCUCAGCCUUCUUUCUUUAUGAAUGCUAGAACCCAACACAAUUGCUCUUAGCCUAUGAAAGAUUAUGCACAGAUACAGUGGUAGACAUUAAAUAAGCUUGAAGCUAAAGUCUUUUUUUCUCGAGCUUUUCUUGUCUCUCUCUCUUUAAUUUUUCUAGUAAUUUACUAUAUUUUAUAAAUAUAAUAUCAUCACUAUGGUUUA